AUGGCUGCCGCUGUACAAGCUAUAGACGAAGUCUCCGAUACUCUGCGUAUGUAUAAAGAGGAACGGGAACUACAGCAGACUCAUCAGGUAGAAUCCACAGGAAAUAACGACUGCCGCGUUUUCCUCGUCAUUGCCGGACUUGAUACUCUUACCGAAGGUGUGGUCCGAGGUUCCUCCACAGUCAGAGGAACAGCCAUUCUGUCAAAUUUACUGCGGACUUUAACACAAUUGUCACAAAUGCACAGCUCUUAUCUUUCCGUGAUGCUUGUCAAUACCAGCGGGCUUGGGACGUUGACGUCCGACACGCAGACUGCCCCAGGCCAGAUGCAGCAAGGGAGAAAUCCAGGGAACAACCCGUUGACUUCUCGCGAGAACGGGAUUUACUCCAUAUUCCACGCAAGUGAGAAGUUGUUUCCUAGUCUUCUUAUGCGAACAUUGGAGCAGGGAAUCGAUACUCAUCUUCUGUUAUCGACUGUCAAAUCCGCGCACGUGGUUGAAGUUAUCAAAGACAGGGUAGGCAACGGCGUUGGACGAUGGUGCAUCUGGGACAAACAAAUAAAUUGA